GGCAUGCAAGCUGCAGAAAUGAAAUCCUCGAACUCCUCAGAAUCUCGUCGACUCCUUGAUUUUCUUCCGUCACUCAGACCAUCGUUCCUUUCUGUUGUAUUAGUUUUUGUCUGCGGAUGUCUCUGGGUGAAGAAUGAGACAACAAUCGAAGGACUGAUAGCGCUGGAAUCUCGCGUUAACCUUUACCCCUGCGUUCAGAGUGUCUCGACUGAAAAUACUGGCAGGAUAUCUCUUUCACCAACAGAGGCUACAGCAAGAGAUCUUUAUAAGAAGGUUCAGCUGACACAUGUAUCCGAAAGGAUCGGUUAUACAUCAGGUAAAAUCUUCGCUUCAGAUGUUAUUUAGGUGAAGAUACAUGUUUAGAACUGAGUUUAUCCCUUUUGAUUUAGGCAUAUAAUCUUUCAUGGUGCGAGUUUGCGCUUGCAUACGCGUAUGGGAUCUUUGGAUAUUUCAUGACAGAAUUGAAUUUUAACUUCAACUAACAAUGUAUUAACCCUUUUGUAAUAUUCUUGCUCUUUUGUAAUACUGCUUAGAUAUUCAUUAAGCCGCCUGUACUGUAAAACAGUAAAGAAUUUUACGGUGUAAAUGAAGUGAAAGUGCCGAACGACUUGCUAACGUACAAGAUACGGCCAGAAAGCUUCAUAUAACAAAAAAUCAUCGCUUAUAUUGUAGACUGGCAGGGGAAGCUCCCUGAGCAUUUUAGGGUGUGCUUCCAGAACGUGCAUGACAGUUUUCCAUAAGAGCUUGUUUAGGGUUGAGCACGUAUGGCGUGACAAAAGGCAAUAGUGCAUAGCAUUUUUUUCCGUUCAUCUGUUUGUUUUAAGAGCUUAGUUCUUGAAGGAAAAGAAUAUUUUUCAGCACUGUGUGAAUCAAAUUGUUAAAAGGGGUAAGGGGUUGGACCUCGGGGUGGAGACUCGGAUUGGGGACAAAUUAAAAAGUUACGGGUUCCAAAGUGUAAACCUUGUUGUUGAACGCAAUCUCUGAAAAGCUUAAUUUUGUGUUAGAAAUGCCAACCUUAUCAUUUAUUCGUUCAUUCAUUUGUUUUCUCCCUUAUUUAUUUUAAAUAUUUAUUAGCAUGGAUAUUUAAAAAUUUCUUAAUUUUACUUACCUGUAGCCAGCCCGUUACCAAAAAAGGCAUCAGCAACCAUCCGGCUAAGAAGGCCAAGACAUGUUUCAAAUGACUCUUCAACUAGCGUCACCAUACAUGAAGUGAGAAAAGAAAUCAGCAAACAGUUUGAACAACUUAUGCCCACCAAGUACUGUAAGUCAAGUGAGAAGGUAUGUCCUGCAGGUCCCCCCGGAUAUCCUGGUCCCAUUGGAGCGAGGGGACCACGUGGCAGGAGGGGACCAAAGGGAAAUAAAGGUCCUCAAGGUCCCAUGGGACUCCCUGGAAAAUCCGGAAAAACAGGAAUAAUUGGUCCUGUAGGACCGAGAGGAGAAAAGGGAAGCAAUGGAGAGCCUGGGCCAAAAGGUAUGCCGGGACCACCUGGAAGGCCUGGAAAAUCGAUAUCUGCUCCACAAGUGAUGUUGUCACCAGCAGAGCAGACACGAGAUGAGGGAGGAAAUACGGCAUUUUAUUGCACGGUUGUAGGAAACCCUUCCCCAGUAAUGGAAUGGCAAUUUAAGGGCACAAAGCUUCUGUCAGGUGCAAAGUAUCUGAUUAAAGAAGGAGAGUUGAUCGUUAGAAAUCUAAAUUACAGCGAUGCUGGACUGUACACAUGUGCUGCCAGGAACAUUCUUGGAUCGUCUGAGGCCACUGGCAACUUGACUGUUCGAGGUAAGAGGAGCAUUUAACUUAGAGUUUAGUUAUAUCUGGCUGCUUGAUUUUGUAGGCUUCUUUGUGCUCAGAGAAUGCGAGAAUACGAGGUUUGAAUAAAAACUGAUGGCACUGUUUUUUAAUCGUGUACUUUUAUCUCUGCUUUCAUUUUUUCUUAUUUCUUAAGCAGUGUAUAACGCCAAACUUUAAAUUUACCUACACAUACCUUAUGCUAAUGAUCAAGGACUAUAGAUUUUGCUUAUUGGCAUUAGGCUAUAGUAGUCACGAGUGUAGUUCAACUUUUAAUCUGAGCCAUACAAACAUAAAGACAUUAAAUAAUGUUAAAGAUAAUAACACACGACGGGAAUAUUUGGACCUUACAUGAACGCGAGGACACACAACACCAUCCUUCUUCUUCUCCCUUUUUAGCUUAGACCAACCGGGGAGGUUACUUAGGUUAAUUUUUUCUGGAUAUGUGCCGCUGGCCUCUCAAAACGCCUACCACAUUAUAUUCUAUGCAUGCUGGUCGAUCAUGUAUUGGCUCUAUUUCAGGUCUUCCAGUCUUCACAAAAGUUCCACCUUCACUUGCCACACAAGUUCAAGGCACUACGUUUCAAGUGACAUGUCAAGCUGACGGAUAUCCUCUCCCCGCGGUAACCUGGACUAGAGCAGCAAUGCCUUUACCUGCUGGAAAGACUACUAUAAACCAAGGCACACUUACCAUUAACAACUUGAGUCCUGCUGACAACGGUUUUUACGACUGCGUAGCUACUAAUAUUAUGGGAACAAAGAAGAAAAUAGUCAACCUAGCAGUACAAGUGCGUUCAGGUUUGUAUUCCAGGCACCGUCCCACUUUGUAUAUACCUGAUUCAAUAAAAGGUUGCUUUGGUAAUUGGGCACUGGGCAUUUGGGCGUACGGAACUCACUGCUAUAUGAUAUUACUUGAGCGUCCACUAAACAACAGCUUCCCAGUGCACAAUUAUACAAUGCCCAAACCAAGAAUCAGGUACCCUUAGAUUAAACGUUCAUUUUAGUAGUGCAAAUCCGUCUUAUCCAGCUUGCGAUCUUGGUAAAACAUCAGAUAAGAGUGUUCAUUAGGAAGGACAGUUUUUCGAAAGUCUAACUUUGCCACUGCGAGAACUAUACGGCUAUACCGAAAUAUAUCGCAGGGUGAUCUAUUUGAAUACUGCUUUUUUUUAAAUUUUUGUUGUUUCUUUGUUUGUUUGUUUACUUAUCAGGCAUUCAAAAGCCAUCUAAUCACUGCUAAAGCCAGACGACAGCUACUAUCAUUGCGACUGUAUGUUGCGCUUACAGAUUAUGCGUGUUUACUAUUAAGAGUUUCAAUGAUCUUAAAUGCUUAAUCUUCCUUAAUAGCGCGCAAAUCACGUACAUGCAUGCAUAAAUGCUUUCUUUAGUCACUUGCAAUGCUACUCUUUUUCUCAAUAAAUUCAGUUAUUUUAACAUUUUAAAAACUUUUUACCUUGUCAUUUUAUGGACUUUGACUUUUAAUACGUAGAUUUUGAAAGCUCAGUCAUUGUGGGAAACAACAGAAAUCACUUGACCUUGUUAAGAAACUGGCUAGCACCUGUGGCAAAAAGCGUGAAUUCUCUCUGGAAGCGCUGUUGGCGUGCAUCCGUGGACGGCUGGGCUGCAAGUACAUUUCACUCCCGAUGUGACGGCAAGGGUCCGACUGUGACAAUAAUAAGGGUCAGGAGAUAUAUUUUUGGAGGAUACACUAGUAUUUCAUGGGGCAAGUGAGCAUUGUAAGCCAUGACAGUGGCAUUUAUACCUUUGGCGUAAUUGGCAUUGAUAUGUUCAGCUAAAACUGCAGCUUGGUACUUAACAGUGUGAAAUCACCUGACUGUACCUUUCUUUAUACAUGGUUAAGCAUUGGCGUACAAAGGUUCUAGGUUAAUAGCUCUAGAUCGUAGCAAUAUGGAGUCAUGUAACUCUACCUUUCAUACAUGGUUAAGUAGUGGCGUACAAAGGUUCCAGGUUACGAGGGGAUAUGGAACCGCAUCUAGAGCUAUUUCCUCAAGGGGCGAGGACCGCCCCUCCUACACUCACAUGGUGUGAAUGAGCGCCCCCCCACCCCUCUUCUCAAGUUCUGGUUCGGCAGAUGAUAAGUGACGCAUUUCUAGCCUGUCAAAACGUACCCAAAUUCCAGGCUAACACUAUAAUAAUAAUAAUUUUUAGGUUAUAAAGUAUCGAUAUUGUUCUGACUUUCUUGCCACCUGCUAUCUUCCGUCCUUCAAUUCCCAUAUUGCAAAAGAAGCAACUAACGUACUUCAUCGCAAGUUUUUGGUGAAAUUCGCAAAUUUUGGCAAAGAAGAAACACGCUUUUUUGACAUGUCCACGUACGUGAUACACCAAGACGAAGGUUCAUUUCACCGAACAAACUUUCGUAAUUUUGCCUGAGCGAAAUGUCGCGAAGAGGAAAAUCUUUUCUUCGGAUUCGAACGAACUUAAUAGACUGAAAUGGGUGACAGAAAUACAUAAUGUUUUAUACCUUUUCAAGGAUAAAAGCUCCUAAAACUCUUUAUUAUCUGUUUCCUUUAUUGUCUUCUUAAUACAGUACCCUUACAAUCGAACGAAAUAUUAAUUUACCAAUAAGUGUAUUGCGACGUGCACCACUUCAUGUAAAAAAGAAGCUUCUAGCUUCGGUAAGUGGUAAAAAGGACAAAAACAGAUAAAUUUGGAGAUUUUCUCCAUAAAGUUAUAUAAGAACAUAUCUUAUUAAUGACUAAUUUUUUUUCCCCGAUCUAUUGCUUGCAAUUGCAAAUCUUUUAAAAUUAACAUAUCCCACAGGCCGACACCUCAGCUUCGGUCAGCUUGCAGCCACAUAAUACUCUCUUCUGAGCGGACGAACCACGCUUGCCAUUAGUGUAGCUGUAUCUUUUACCAAAAUACCUGGACGUAAAUAAUAAUGCAAUAAAAUAAUAUUCAUACUAAUAAUAAUGAUGAUGAUGAUAAUAAUAACAGUAAUAUAACAAUAAUGAUAAUAAUGAUAUUGAUAAUGAUAAUGAUAAUAAUAAAGAAGUCAUAGAAACUGAUAUUGUUUUUGAUAAAUGACGAACGUUACCGAGAAACUCGAUCGAAUUUGUUUUAUGAGAAUAAGAUAUUUCUUGUUUUUAAUUAAUAAUAAUAAUAAUAAAUCAUCAUCGUCAUCAUUAUGACAGGCACAAGGACAAUGUCGCUAACUUGUCUUAGAAAAGUUUUGUUUCAUUUCUUUUAGCUUCUGGUUCCUGGCGGUAUCAAUACGACUCAAAAGCCUUCUUAUUUUCGCUGGUAAACAAGCCAGGAUGGGCGCCUGUCAAAUUGUCUCAGUCAGGGCUAUGUAGUCAUCGCAAAGAAUCGAUAUGCUUUUACUCAUCCUAUGGGCCUACAUUUGGAGGAGGACAUGACAUUAACAUCGAAAACUACGCGUCAUCUAAUAGCAAUUCUUACAGCAACCUUGGCUAUACUUACAGCCCACCGAGCGGACACAGCCACCGUAGCACCUUCGCACGAACAUUUCUGGCAGGAACUUACAAGUUCACACUAGACGAAGUUGAAACCUUUUACGAAACAACCUAAUUAAUAUAAUUCGUGACACCGGCUUUGAUAUUUUAGCUGAGUUGAUUGUACAAGUAGACGCUUAGAGGUGAACGAAUCUACAGCACUAAGCAAGCCCCUUAUAUCUAAAUCAGAACACAAUCAUUACAACGUAUACUACAACAUUUUCCAAACAAACGAAAAAUAGAAUAGUCAAAAAGAGAAAUGAUUUUGAUAUCUACAACUGGUCCAACUGCGCUGAUCUUUUUCACCUGGAUACGAGUCUGGGGGCAGCUAUGCUGUCAUCUGUCAGAAAACAGUUACUUCCUUAUCAUGAGGGCAAAGAAAUCUCAGCUUCCGAGUAAACAAAGUUGAAAAAAAAAGUAGUACAGUGGUAUUUUACUGAACCAGGCUGUCCUCACUGCUUUGUUGCCCAAUGCGAUA